AUGCAAGGCGGCCCCCUUUAUCCAACUAGUGAAGUUUCAGCACUUGUUGGACGUGAAGAUGCCGAAAAGGAGCUAGUAUCUCGACUUUUGGAUGGCACUGAGGAAAACCUCAGUGUGGUUUCACUGGUGAGUGAAGAAGCAGUUGGCAAGACAGCUCUAGCAAGACAUGUUUAUAAGAGACUAGACAUUCGGCAGCACUUCCAAUGCUGUCUUUGGGUCCAUGUCCGUGAAGAGUUUGCAUAUAAGGAUCUCUUGCUCAUCAUACUCAAACAGAUUCCGAUAUGCUUAUUGAAGGACAUAGAGCUUAUGAGCGAGAAGGAGCUACGUCAAUUGGUUUUCCAGACUUUAAUGAAAUUCAAGUACCUAAUGGUGUUGGAUGACGUGCACACAAAGGAUAUGUGGUUCAACCUUUUACGUCCCUUUGCAGACGCCACAAAUGGAAGCAGGAAUGUAGGCAGUCACAGAUUACCGGAAAAUAGUUCAGACUUAAACAACUUCAGGGAAGGAAUUUUGGGAAUAUGUCAGGGUUUGCCACCGGCAAUCCUCCUACUGGGAGGACUAUUGUCAACCAUAGAAUUAAGUGACUGGUCAAGAGUAAUUGAUCGUUCACAAUUUGGUGAAGAUAAAUCAGCUCUCUUAAAUAUUGUAGCUUUGAUGAGCUAUAAUGAACUUCCAUCUACGUUAAAGCCAUGUUUCCUUUAUUUGCCUCUCUUUCCCAUGGCAUAUGAGAUCCCCAAACGAAGGUUGUUGCAGUUGUGGCUUGCGGAGGGAUUUGUUCAAUUGUCACCUGAUGAGGCUAGCGUCCCCAUUGAAGAUAAGGCCAAGAUAUAUUUGGAGGAACUAGUGUCUAGAUAUGGCUUCUUCUUGCCAAAAGCUGAGGUGGAGGGAUUUCUACAUGUCCACCAUUGCAGGUCAGAAUGUACAUCUGCAGAUUUAGAAAUAUUUAAGGUUCAGAGGCUCGCAGAUCAAUUCGGUGUCUUGAAAUCUCAUAUCGGAAACCUAUUGUGCGUAUAUUUCUUUCAAAGCUGA